AUGGAGCAGCUCAAGACCAUCGGGCGGGAGCUCGCCAUGGGCUCCCAGGGCGGCUUCGGCCAAUCCAAGGAGUUCCUCGACCUCGUCAAGUCCAUCGGCGAAGCCCGAUCCAAGGCCGAAGAGGAACGCAUCGUCCUCCACGAGAUCGAAACCCUAAAACGCCGCCUCGCCGAGCCUGACAUCCCCAAACGCAAGAUGAAGGAGUACCUCAUCCGCCUCGUCUACGUAGAAAUGCUCGGCCACGACGCCUCCUUCGCUUACAUCCACGCCGUCAAGAUGACUCACGACGACAAUCUCGUCCUCAAACGCACCGGCUACCUCGCCGUCUCUCUCUUCCUCAACGACGACCACGACCUCAUCAUCCUCAUCGUCAACACCAUCCAGAAAGACCUCAAAUCUGAUAACUACCUCGUCGUAUGCACCGCGCUCAACGCCGUUUGUAAGCUCAUCAACGACGAGACUGUUCCCGCCGUUUUGCCACAGGUCGUGGAGCUGCUGGCGCAUCAGAAGGAGGCGGUGCGGAAGAAGGCGAUCAUGGCGCUGCAUAGGUUUUACCAGAAAUCGCCGUCGUCGGUUUUGCAUCUGGUGUCGAAUUUCCGGAAGCGGCUCUGUGAUAAUGAUCCUGGAGUCAUGGGAGCCACGCUGUGCCCGUUGUUUGAUCUCAUUACGAUUGAUGUGAAUACUUAUAAGGAUUUGGUGGUUAGCUUUGUCAGCAUUUUGAGGCAAGUUGCGGAGCGGAGGUUGCCUAAGACGUAUGACUACCAUCAGCUUCCUGCGCCUUUUAUUCAGAUCAGGUUGUUGAAGAUUUUGGCAAUGUUGGGGAGCGGGGAUAAGCAAGCGAGUGAGAAGAUGUAUACGGUAGUCAGUGACAUAUUUAAGAAGUGUGAUUCCACGAGUAAUAUAGGAAAUGCGGUUCUUUACGAGUGUAUUUGUUGCGUUUCUGCAAUACAUCCGAAUCCUAAGUUGUUAGAUCAGGCUGCUCAAGUCAUCUCAAGAUUUUUGAAGAGUGACAGUCAUAAUUUGAAAUAUAUGGGAAUUGAUGCUCUUGGUCGACUGAUCAAGAUCAGUCCAGAGAUAGCUGAGCAACACCAGUUGGCUGUCAUUGAUUGCUUAGAGGACCCAGAUGAUACUUUGAAGCGAAAAACAUUUGAACUGUUGUAUAAGAUGACCAAGUCCUCCAAUGUGGAGGUGAUUGUUGACCGCAUGAUUAGUUACAUGAUAAGCAUUAAUGAUAAUCAUUACAAAACAUAUAUAGCAUCUCGAUGCGUGGAGCUUGCUGAGCAAUUUGCUCCAAGCAAUCAAUGGUUUAUCCAGACCAUGAAUAAAGUCUUUGAACAUGCUGGAGAUUUGGUGAAUGUUAAGGUGGCACAUAACUUGAUGAAAUUGAUUGCUGAGGGAUUUGGAGAGGAUGAUGAUACUGCAGAUAGUCAGUUAAGAUCAUCUGCGGUGGAAUCAUAUUUGCGCAUAAUUGGAGAGCCAAAGCUUCCGUCUGUAUUUCUUCAGGUCAUUUGUUGGGUUUUGGGAGAAUAUGGAACUGCUGAUGGAAAGUAUUCUGCUUCAUAUAUCACUGGGAAAUUAUGUGAUGUGGCUGAGGCAUAUUCAAAUGAUGAAACUGUCAAGGCAUAUGCUGUUACAGCAAUCAAGAAAAUAUAUGCAUUUGAAAUAUCAGCUGGAAGAAAAGUGGAAAUGCUACCCGAGUGUCAAUCUUUGGUGGAGGAAUUAUCAGCUUCUCAUUCUACAGAUCUCCAGCAGCGUGCAUAUGAAUUGCAAGCUGUCAUUGGCAUAGAUGCUCAUGCCAUUGAGAGUAUUAUGCCAUCAGAUGCAAGUUGUGAAGAUGUUGAGAUCGAUAAAAACCUUUCUUUCCUUGAUGGUUAUGUCCAACAGGCAAUAGAAAAAGGUGCUCAGCCAUAUAUUUCUGAGAAUGAGCGCACUGGAAUGUUAAAUAUCAACAAUUUUAGAAACCAAGAUCAGCCUGAAGCUCUAAGUCACAGUCUUCGGUUUGAGGCCUAUGAGCUUCCCAAACCACUGGUGCCAUCAAGAGUUCCUCCAGCUGCAGUUGCAUCCUCAACUGAACUUGUUCCGGUGCCUGAACCAUAUUAUGCUAGGGAGACACACCAGACUGCAUCAUUGCCAUCUGUGUCAGAUGCAGGAUCAUCAGAACUUAAAUUACGACUUGACGGUGUUCAGAAGAAAUGGGGUAGGCCUACAUACUCGUCUUCUGCAUCUUUGACCUCAACAUCUAGUUCCCACAAAACGACAAACGGGGUAACACAGGUAGAUGGUGUGGGUACUUCGAACUCAAAAGGACGUGAUACUUAUGAUUCAAGGAAGCCAUCAGUUGAAAUUUCUCCAGAAAAGCAGAAGUUGGCCAGUUCACUUUUUGGAGGUUCAUCAAGAACAGAGAAGAGGGCAUCUUCGGGCAACCAUAAAGUGUCCAAGGCCGCAGAGAAGUCGCACGUAGGGAAGGCAGCAGGUGCACACAGUGACACUGUAGUGGAGAAAAUAAAUCGGGAACCUACUCCAGACUUGCUUGACUUCAGUGAUUUAGCUGUUACUAGUACUGCCCCAUCUGUAGAUCCUUUCCAGCAGUUGGAAGGGCUUCUUGAUCAAACUGAAGCUACAUCAACCAUGAACAAUGGUGCAGCAGGUGCUUCAAGAACACCUGAAAUUAUGGGAUUAUAUGCAGAUAGUGCUGUGAGUGGGCUCAGCAGCAGUGUUGCCAAUAGAGAUGAAUUUAAUCUUUCAUCUGAAUUAUCAAAUGCUGCAAGGACUUCUCAAGUUGGGGUGUCACAAUUGAAUAAGGGUCCUAACCCUAAAGAUUCAUUGGAAAAGGAUGCACUUGUAAGGCAGAUGGGCGUUAACCCCACAAGUCAGAACCCCAACUUGUUUAAAGAUUUGCUUGGCUAGAACUGUUUGUUUGGCAGAUUUAUAAUCAAAAUGUUCAAGACUAUUCAGUUUGUUAUGCAUGGUCUUUCGGAGUGGCUGGUUAUAUGAUAUGAAAAGUAACUCAUUUUCAUGAGUUUCAGAGCCACACGCGGAGUUGUAAAGACACCCAUAUGGAGUGAUUUGAACUCCCUCAGUGGUGGUAAAAAUCAGUUCGGACUUGUAUUUGUUGAACAAUAUGGCUAUAGUUGGAAGUUGGUAUGCAUUUGGAAGUUGUUUCGGCCUAUGAGUGAAUCCAUAUAAGUGAAUCCAGAGCUUUUUCUUUGCGGCGAUUGAGGUUUUGGAGCACUCUAACAAGAUGAUCAUAUUGGACUCCAUUUACACUGCAUGCAUGGUCUAGUUAUGAAAAUGCUGUACUACGAGACUUCUUCCAUUUCUUUAGGGAGACUUGUGUCUCUCUUUCUUUUUACUUGCUUGGUUUCUCUAUUCAUGCUUGAGUUAUGUAGUCGUUUCUUACUGUAUGUGAGUAGCUCAUUUUUUUUCUGGGUCUUAAUUUUUUGGGUGUUAAUACACAUUCCAUAUAUGUAUGUUUAACCAAUCGUUGCUGUAACAAUAAUAAUGUGCGUUGGUUAUCCGGGC